UAUCAGCAGAUGUCAGUAGCAACAGUAGAACAUUGCACACAACAAUCAACAUUCUAGAAAAAAUGAAAAAAAUAUUUUUGGCAACUAUUGCCCUAUUAUCUCUGGCGGCAUAUAUCCAGACAGCAACUAUUGUCGAUGAUGGCAAGCCUGAAUGUGAUAGCCUUGAAAAAAUGAACACCACAUUCUUCCGCAAUUUAUUCGAUUCCACAGCCUAUUGGAUAUGUGUCGAGUUGUAUGAACCAGCGGUCAUGCAAAGAUGUCCCGAUCAAACGGCUUUCUUGGAUAGCGUCAAGUCGUGUGUACAGUGGGACGAUUGGGAAUGGGAAGAUAUUGUCUAGAUGUCACAUCUAUACAAAAUUGAAAGGAUAUCUUAAUGGCAUUUUUUAAGAGUACAUUGAAAAUAUUCUACUCCCGAUAACUUGGCAAAAUAAAGAAAUGCCUAAUAAAAAAAAAUAAACAUAAUAGGAACUAUCACUAGAAAA